AUGAAAGAUUUAGCUGUCACUUAUCUCUUAUGGUUUUUCUUGGGUGUCUUUGGUAUCCAUAGAUUUUAUUUAAAUCGUCCAUGUAGUGGUGUUUUAUAUUUAUUUACUGGUGGUAUUUUCCUUAUUGGUUGGUUAGUUGAUAUUUGUUUAAUUCCAUCAAUGGUCGAAGAAGAAAAUGAACGUGAUUGCCACACUAUUACCAACGUUAACGUUGUUUCAAAUGUCUCAACUGGUUAUCCACCACAACCAGCAUACCCACAACAAGGUUAUCCACAACAACCAGCAUACCCACAACAAGGCUAUCCACAACAAGGUUACCCACAACAACCAGCAUACCCACAACAAAACUAUUCACAACCACCACAAGCUUAUCAACCACCACCAUUCCAACAACAACAACAAGCUUACCAACCACAACCAGGAGGUAGAUCAGAAUUUUAA